AUGCCCUACAACUGCUCCCCAAGGAACUGCUCGGCCAGGCCGACCGGAGGACCCCACACUAUGCCUGUGGCCCCGGCUGCCACAGCUUCUACUCACGAAAUCGACUGCCUGAGUGGUAUCUGUUUGCCCAGUUCCUUCCAAACUGGCUCCUGGCUCCUGGAACACUGUGGUCAGGAGACCUGCUUUGAGCCUUCUGUGUGCCAGCCAACCUGCUACCCACAAGCUUCUUGUGUCUCUGGACCUGGACCGAUGACUUGUUCUCGACAGACCACCUGUGUCUCCAAUCCCUGCUCAACUACCUAUAGCCGGCCACUCACCUUUGUCUCCAGUAGCUGUCAGCCCCUGGGAGGAGUCUCCGCUGUGUGCCAACCAGUGGGAGGAGUCUCCAAUGUGUGCCAACCAGUGGGAGGUAUCUCCACCAUCUGCCAGCCAGCCUGUGGUGUCUCCAGGACGUACCAGCGGCCCUGCGUGUCCAGCUGCCGAAGAACUUACUAA